CAUAUUUAGACAUAUUUAGAAACUACUGCAGUAUGUAGAAUGUGGCUUUUAAUGAAGUUAUAUUGCAUGGAAGAAGGACAAACUAUCAGCAAUCAUAAUUAAUGUGAGAUUAGCUCACAUUCUAGGAUUAUCUCACGAAAGAAGACAGGGAAAAACUAAAAUGUCAUUACACCAGUUUUAUUGGAGUAGCCUUACUGCGUAGCCAUAGUUACAGUAAUGAGCUGUCAAAUGAUUAUAAUUUAAUUUAUCCAUGAAAUGUGUGGAUAGAGAAAUAUUUUGACCUGAAAGGGGUCUUCACCAGGACAUAAAGGGCUUGCACAGUGUGUUGAUCAAUCAAACCCCAUUCCAGUAAAGUGAUGAGUUAAACCCCAUUUUGCCAGGUUCAAGUUCUUUUUUCUCUGGUGUCCUUUUUUGCUUGUGUGUAGAACAAAAUGGCAUAGUGAGUCUAUGAAACAGGAAUCAGACAUCCCAAUUGUUUGUGUGUAUGGAACCUUAAGACCCGUUGCUAGGCUUGUUGCUAGGUAGAAGGCAAAAGCUGACUUUGAUGAGUCAUGUCCCUAACGUUAUUUCCUCUUCAUGAUGUAGAAAUCAGUCCUCUCACGAUUUAAGAAAAUCGCCCGGUUUCUGACAUCUAGACUUCUGUGGGAACUGAGAAAGCAUUAAUUACUGGAUCACAUGGGCUCAUGUCCCCCACAGAUGGGCUCAGCUAAAUUGUAGUUAUUUAUGCCGGCUGAAAAGCAGGGCGGACAGACCUGUCCCCCAGAGAGUACUAGCAAGGCUGAGGAGAUAUGUUUGCGUCAUCUAAAGCAGGAGAAACGCAAACAUGCCCUGUUAAAAGGCCUUGUGCUCUCAGUAUGUCAUCAGGCACUUUAAAUACAAAUGUGUUGUCUUGCUUGCAAUUAUCUUAAUUACCAUUAUCAAUCCCUCUUUUUUUCUGUGACUGAUGGUGAUAAUAUGCAUCUGUUUCUGAACUCAAGAUGCUCUCCAACAAACAUCCCAUAACCGUCUGACGGCCUUUUGGCAAUCAAAGAGCACUAUAGUCUUUAGUUAGACCUAAAAUCACAAAUAAGAACCAUCAUGCCAGAAGUUUCAGAUUUAUUUCUACCUCUUUAUUUGGUGACGUAAGGUAGGCCGCCCAUUGGCUAGUAUGAAGUUAUAUCUGUGGAACAUUUGUGAUUGUUUCCCUGAGGGACCCUGGGAUUGUGAGAUAGCAGCAUAGCUGACCCGGUCACAAUGCCUGUGGUUGGUUCAAAACAUUGUAAAUACUAACGCUUCCACAGUGAAGCAUACGCCAACAAUUUAAAGAGAGCAGAGCCAUUAGCAUUUCAUUUACGACUUGUGUGUGGGGAAAUCGGUGCACAUCAGUCCUGGAAUUCUAGACUAUUCUAUUCAUUUUCCAUCAGAUAAACAACAAACAAAAAAAGGUCCAGACAAUGAUCUGUUGCAUAUGGCGCUUUCUGUUGUUGGUGAAUGCCCCAGCGCAAACUAUAUUUGCUAGUUAAAUAUUAAUAGUUAAAAGAGCUGUAGGUUUAGCUAACAAACUCACAGUGUUAUAUGUCAAUGUGGAUAGAUAAAUCAACGGAAAGGGCACUGGAAAUUAUUUGUUUUCAGAACCUGUAGUUAACAGUGUGGUGAAAUGGAGUGACUUGACAUAAUUGCACACUAAAUUUGGAUGGUGUAUUACGUUGCUUAUAGUCGGUUGCCAUGUGGAUCUGGAUGAAAUCCUCAUAGGCCUUUUGCAUUUGCGAAGCGCGAGGGAACCUGAAUGCACAUGUAAUGAAUAGCUUGGCACCAGCCUUAAUUACAAGGGUGUGGCAGUGGCGAUCUUGGCCUGCGCAGAAAUCACAUCCGCAUUGAAACCAGAUGAGUGGUCUCCAGUUUCCAAUGGCCGUCUCCCGCACAGACUGAUGUAACAUCCUCUCUUCUCAGUCAAGCUCUGUGACUGCUCUGCUACGAAACAGGAGACCCUGGAUACCGUGUGGUCCAGGCCCCAUUGAGUCAAAGGAAAUUUCCCCAGGAAGCACUCUUGGCAACUUAAGGGUUAAACAGGCCAUGUGAUCCCUCCCCCCCCUCCCCACCUCGUGCGCACGCACACUUGUUGCCGUUGGAGACCAGGUCCCGGCGAGGUGCGGACAGCCGACAGUCCGUACAGUGUUGUCAGCUCAGAGGCAACAAAAGGGGUGGGAGGGAUUUAACUUUUGUCUCGCCGCUCUUUUUCCUCUCCCUCCCCUCCUAUUUUUUGUGUGUGUGUGUGCGUUUGUGUGUGUGUAUGUUUCUGUUAGACUGAGUCUCAGGUUACUGGCUGCAUAGCUCACCUGUAGCUCCGGAGCAGUUUGGACCUUUUUUGGCAGAGUCUUCGUGCCAUUUCUGUGGGGCCGGCGUGCCUGCAGUGAGGAAUGUGUCCAGCCGCGCCUCGCUGAGGAGAAGAGGGGGAAUGUGAAACACAAGAGUGCGGAGCAGACUCGCGUGGAGGGAGGCGGAGGAGGAGGAGGAAGUGUGCCUCUCACGCUGGAGCCCAGCUUCCCUCCCCUCAGUGUUUAGACCGACACGGCGCGCUCCUCGGCAGGGGAAAUGGGGCGCUGAGACGACGGGCUGCCAGGAUUAUUUCUAACAAAACAGCCGAACAAAAGAGAGCAGGACAGAGGGUGGGACGCGCCUCGCAAUGUCGGGGAAGAAUUCGGUGGGGGACCUGGUGCCCCGAGACAUUACAGAGGUCCUGGCACGGGAGAGCAAGACCAACAAGAGCAAGAGGAAGCAGGGGGCCUCCUUCAGCCGGGCCUUCAGCUGGCUCAAGGGCACCAAGAGGAAGAGCACCAGCAACGGGCAGAGCCGAGGGGCACGAGCGGGCGCGGGCGAGAGCAGGGUGGGCAAGCCCACCCAGCUGGACCCCAAUUCUGCAAAAGCUGUAUCGAAGCAGGAGGAUGAGAGGAAGCUCACAGUCCAUUACAAGGCCUCCCAGCACUACCAGGAGAACGUGUUCAUCGAGGGGAGCCGGCCGCAGUACCUGGAGGACCUGCACACUGAGGCCCAGGAGGGUCUGAAGAUCCUGCAGCAGGAGGGACACGAUAAUGGGACAGAUUACGGAGAUGACCAAAGUAUCAAUUCGGUUGUGGCACGCCUGCAGCCAGAGGAGGCAGCCGAGGCCGAAGAGAGAAAAGGAUCCCUGGAGUUGGGUAGCACUACUGCUGAGACAGUAUCACCUGGAUUGACUGGGUCUUCACGGUCAGCGCUGAUUCGCCAAGGUUCCACAUUCAAGCCACUCAACCCAGUUAAGAGGCUGGAGAAAAGCAGGAAGCGGAGCAGAAGGACCACUAUAAUGGGUAUACCACACCACGUUCAGAAAGAGCUUGGGCUGGAAAGAGCACAAUUGUUUCGACAAAAUGCAGAUGGACACCUAAGGAAUGGCAGUGAAGGUGCCCCUAGUAUUGUAGUCAUCCCAACAAUUGAUGGAGAGGUCCCAGUGCCUAAUCACGAAGGGGCACGAGUGCACCUCCAAGACCUUGAGGCUCUGCAGUCUUCCAAAGAGGAGGAACUCCUGAAGCGUCACAUCCAGGCGGUUUACAGGGACGACCUGGUGUUCAAUCGCAAGGAGAACCCCGGCAUGUCACCCAUACAGAGGCCCAAGUCACUGGCUGUGCCAGGCAUGACCACCAGCAACUUCCUACAGGAGCCUCAGGGCCCCGUCAUGUCCAUUUCACCCCAGGCCACCUACCUGUCCAAGAUCAUUCCCAAUGCUGUCAUGCCAGCGGCUGUAGAUGUGAUCGAGAUCAGCCGUAGUCGCAGUCGGAGCAGUGUGCGCACGGUGAGCAAGAGCAGCCUGGUGACAGCCAGUCCAGUCUCUUCACGCUCCAGCGCCCCGAAGGGCCUCUCUUCUGCUAGCUCCAACUGGAGCCACUCACAGUCUUCUGAGACCAUCAUCUCCAACUCCUCCACUAUCUCCUCCAAGAGCAGUGCCUCCACCCCCCGUGCCCCUACCGACACCGAGGAGGCCAGGGAGCCCUCUCAGCAGACCGCCACAGACCAGGUGAGCAUCAGCAGCUCAAUCAGCUGGGUCAGCUCAGACAGCACAGCCAAGCAGAGGGCGGAGGCAGGGGCGCCCAGCUCGAGGGAGGCAGAUGAUGCAGAGAAUCUCCAGAAUGACAGAUUGUUUGUGCGUAGCCUGUCCAUAGUAAAGACCAAAAUGCCACCAGCACCCCCCAGGAGGACAUACUCCCUGCAUCACGAAAAGAUCAAGCGGCGCUCCCGUGAGUUGACUGUUACCAAGGGCAUUUCUGAUUCCAAGGGGGCUGAUGGGAAUAUGACCCGAGCUAAGGGAGGGAAGAGGAGCAAUGCAGUGGAGGAAGCUCUCUCACCAGUAACUUCUAGUAGUGCUGGAAGCCCUGCCUACUCUGCAGACUCCAGCUCUUUGGAGAACUCCAGGUCUUCUGCAGCCAGCAGUCCACUGAGUGCUGACCAGGCAGCCAACAGUGAAGGUAUACCAGCUGCACAUACGGUCUCCGUUGACUCAUCCCCCCACAAACUGCCCUCCCCAGCAAACAGGUUUGAAAGGACCAUGUCACCCUCCAGUGGCUACUCCAGCCAGAGUGGCACCCCUACACUCUCUGCCAAAGAGAUCUGCCCUCCCUCCCCAGAGAAAAAGAAGUCUCAGCCUGUAAAACCAGAGAGAACAGGCACCCGGUCAUCCCCAGCUGUAUCCAUCUCAUCCUCUUUAACAUCCCUAUCUUCUGGUGCAUCUGAUCCCACUCACCAGGAGGCCCCAGCUAACCACCAGCCUGGCAAGCUUCCAAAGCCUUCCCCUCCUACUGUUGGGAUGAGCACCAAAGUAACCCCCACACCUGCAGCAGUCAUGCUCAGGGAUAUGUUUGACAUUCCACCACCCCCGAAAGUCAAAGCACCUUCUCCCCCACCCCCUGAGACAUGGAUGCAGAACAAACACACAUGUGACUUGUUAUAUGGUGCAAAUGCCUUUUCUGCCAGGAUUGCUGCACUGCAAAACCAACAGCAGAGAAAGGAACCUCUCCAGGUACAAAAACCAGAGGCUCCCCAAACACAGAUUAAAGAGCUUAGCUUAGUCAGUACACAACCCCAAAAGCAGGAUGAGACGGCUGGAAAGGAGGAGUGCAUGUUGCUAAGCAAAGACGAGCCUAUGUCAGCACAGAAACCGGACCAUUCAUUGGAAUGUGCCAGUGAGUCAAUGUCAGUAAGGACUGAGGCAAGUCUGGAAGUCCAAGUGAAAGAGGAUGAAAGUCCUGUGGUUGAAAAGAAGGAAAAAGCAAGUUUAAUGAUGCAGAGACAGGAGGACGAAGGUCCAGUCACCCAGCAGAAGGAAAAAGAAAGCCCAGUAGUACUGAAGAAGGAACCUCCUCCUGUCAUGAGAAAAACGAUUCCAGUGGUACAUAAAAAGGAACCCGAGAAGGUUAUGGAAAGUCUGUUAGUGCAGUCGACAGACACUGCCAUAGAGGUGAAGAUCCACAUUCCCCCUAAGGAGGAGAUUGUUGCCACACAGAAGGAUGAAACCACCCCUAAUGAUAUAGGUAACAGUCCCAUUACAGUGCAGACAACUAGUCCUCAAUCAUCCAUGCAGACUCUUUCAGUAGAUGCUCCCAAAAUAAGUGGAGUUUCUCCACCUCCUUCCCCACCCCCUGCCCACCAUCCUCCACCACCUCCCUCAAAACAGACCACUACCACUUCAGUGUCCAACUCCGUGCAUGAGGACAACAUGGAAACCCCAGCAGCAGAUAGCUCUUGGCCUCCUCCCCCUCCUCCAAUGGUGGAGGCAUCUGGACUAGUCUUUGAGGAGCAGGAUGAACUAGACUUUCCCCCACCCCCACCCCCACCCCCGAUAUUGCAAGACCCUCUGCUGGAUAGAGUGGAGAGCUGUCCUGUAAUUACUGAGUUUCAUGAAUUCUCUGUGACCUCUGAAGGACCUACUAAAACAGAAGACUCAACCUCCGGAGAUACUAGCGAGUCAACAAUGAUCAAUUCAUCCCAGUCAGAUACUUCUAUACACGUUCAACUAUGUCCUACUCCAGCUCAACCUUAUGAGAAUAAUGACUGUUCAUCACAGGAAGACCUUCUUAUGCAAAAUGAUGUCUCUCCACCGAAGGAAGUACAUAAUCUGCAAGAAAAGCUUGUUCCCACACACACAGAAGCCUCACAUGUGCCAGAGUACAUCCCACCCCCUCCACAGGAAGCUCCUCCUCUACCACCUAUGGUACCUGUUGUAACCUUGUCUGCUUCUCCUGCAAAUUCAUCCCUUGAACCCUCCAUUACUCUUCCUCCGUUACCAUCUAUAAAUGUCCCAUGUGCACCGCCUUUGCCUGUAGAAAACCAGACUCCUGUGAGCUUUAGAAGACAGCCAAGUCUUGCAAACCGAACAAGCAAAGACCAGCUGUCGCGGACCAAAGGUGUACCCAUGCCCAAGGAGGAUGCUAACAUUCCCCUGGUCACACCUUCCCUUCUCCAGAUGGUUCGCCUGCGUUCUGUCAAUGUCGGUGAUGAUCAGGUUUUAGCCCCAUGUGAGGAUGGUAAACCUGGUGAUGGAACCAGCCUCAGUCUGGAACAAAACCAGGGCCAGACUUUCAGCCAGAGUGUGCCCCAGAAGCCCAUCCGUAAGUCUCUGUCGGUGAAGUCCCCAACUGGCACUGCCACCUCCCCUUCAAUGCGUCUGCAGGAGGCCAUCCGUAUGAAGACAGCAGCUAUGUCUUCCAGAGAUGGGCUCCCAGCCAGGCUCAACCUACGUUCCUCCGUAUCUUCAACCAGUAGCGGGGAGAUAGGGGUGCGCUCUCCAAGGUUACAAGAAGACCUACAGAAAUCCCCAGCCUCUACUGCCAGCUUUAUCUUCUCCAGGAGUACAAAGAAGGUGGUCAUUGAGACACCCUCAUCCCCUGAGGCUCAGUCUAACCUCAAACAGAGCCUUGUGGCUGAGCUCAUGCAGGUAUCCGACCAAACCAAAUUACUGUCCACCAAUGGUAAGCCCAGCACCCAGAUAAAGAAGCUGGGAAAAGUGCCUCCGCCUGUCGCCAAGAAGCCGGCACAUGGACCGAACCUUUCUGACAAACUAGUGCACUCCACUGAAAACAUGGGGUACUCCCAGUGUGAGCUGAGCAAUUCCUCUCCUAUGGGGUCUGAAGCCAAUGGACAAACUGAAGGAGUGCAACCUGCUGGCCAGCACGCACAACCAGAGGAGGGCCAAAACACAGCAAGUCAUCAAGAUACAGUGACACUUGGCUACUGACUCAGUGACCAAUCAAAAAAUCAGGAAAACCCAAAAGGACUCAAAAAUGCACAGAGAGAGAGAGAGAUGAAGAGACACACCUAUUAAGUAGGCAACUGAGAGCACUCAAUGGGAGAAGUCUUAUUAAAAGCCUUAGCCUUAAAAUGGCCUUCAUAUUUAUACAACAAAUGGUGUUGGUCUUUAAAUUCUUUAAUAUUAUAGCUUUAUUUUGGAGUAUUUUUCUAAAAUGUAUAGUCUUUCUGCUCUGGCAACAUUGCAAGAAGUAUGCGCUUGAGUAGGUGCAUUCCAGUUGGAUUUUGUAAAUUCCCCAUUCCACAUUUGACUGCAAGAUUAGGUCGCCAUCUUGUGGUUGUAAUGGGAGGUAACCACUUCUGCCAAGUUCAGAAAGAGGGAGGGUUAAGUCUGCGUGGUCUGCGUGGUUGGUCAUUACACUCUUGUAUAUACCUGAAACUGUAUUUUUUCCUAAAUAAAAUAUCACCUGAAAAACAUGCACUAUUCCUUUUUGGAGUGUAGCUGAAAUAAUGAUCAUCACAUCCAUUUCUGUAGUUUAUUUUCUGUUAUCUACCUUGAGAAGCAAGUAUAGUAUAUUAUGUACCAGUAUAUUAUCCAUUCCACAUGCAUAAUUUAUUUCUUACUUAUGGUAUAGUUACUGAAAUUACAAAAUACUUGUAGCUUAUGAUUUAACUUGUAGUACAAUAAGUAGUAAUAGAUUACACAUUUUUAAUAUAACUCUUUUAUGGCUUAACAAAAAGGGAUAAUGCAUAUUUUUUGGAAGAAGAAAAUCAAAUAUUAGAGCUGUCAAUCAAAAUAAGCACUUUGUAAGGUAAAUAAGCUGCCCCACGUUUGCUGGAAUCGGCAUGGCAGUGUUUCAAUUGAGAUAAUAGUAUGGUUCCGAGACUAAUAGUAAAGUUGAAUUAGCUGCUUCAUAGUUUAACUCCAGGGCAGGAGUGUGCAAAGCAUUUUAACACUGUUACCACUGACACCCUAAAUUACAGUGAUUGGGAUGUUCAUACAUUUUAUGACUUUCUCAUUUAAUUUUUUCUAUAUUAUAUUUUGUGUAUUUUGUCCUUGUAAUUAAGGAGAGACUACUUUUUCAGUAUGUCUAUCAGGCAAUGUGCUUGAUAUAUUAUUUUGAUUCAGUGUUUCUUAACUCCAUUCCUGUAGCAGGUCUUCACCGCUGUUUGUGCAUGCUGGCUUUAAAAGACAGUACUUGGUCUGGGAUGGACGUGUAGCUAGAACUGUAAAAGGUCUGCCUCUUAGGUAAUCAGGUAACUCUGACCACACGUAAAUGCAUGCAGUAAUUUUCUCUUCGGAGUAGUAUGCAUACUUUUAUAACAUACCUGUGUGUUUAUGUGCACUUGUACAUGCUUUGUACUUUUAUAUGGCUCUUUUGUUUGUUUUACUGUUCAAGCAGUCAUUUUAAAUCAUUCUGUUUGCUUCCAAAGUAUCAAUGCAUUAUGGGACUUCAGCUGUCCAUGACUGCACUCAUUUGAAUGGAUGUUUGGACUGGGUUACAGCAGUGGUGCAGUCUGUCUGUGGCACGUCUGUUCCAACAGCUCAUGUGGAUGAACUUGGGCCUUCCCACUGCAGUUUUAAAAAGCCAGUGCCCUAAUCAUCCUUCUGGUAACAGUAGCCCAGGAAUAGACCAUCCAAGGGCACUCAUCCUCAUGUUCUGGGCACAUCUCUGUCAAAUCUUCUAGUUUGGUGGAAGGGAUGUUUCACCAAGUGUUUUUGAGGAGACUAGCCCCUGGCUUGCAUGAACUGUUGCAUAAGCCAUAGAUGAACAAGUCCACUCCAUUCUAUUUCCUAAGACCAAAUAUAUGCAGGUUUAGUAGGUUUCAAUCAAUGAGCAAUAGAUUAUUAUUAGUCACAAACAUGUGGUGCAGAAGAAGCCCACCCCAAUAAACCCAUGAGGACCAGAGACUCCCAGCUGUUAAUGAUCUGGAAUGCCACACCCCCUGGGAUAACCUGUUCCUAACAGGCCCCAUGCACAACAUUAGCACCCCAUAUUUUUUCUUUAAUGUUAUAUUGUGGUGUCAUAAACCCAUCAUUUCAUUCACUGCCGGAGAAAAAAGGGGCAGAACAUUGUAGAAAGGGGCAUUCACAAAAGGGUGAUGUAUGCAGGGAACCGUUUGCCCGGGUUUACUCCUUGCAACAAGUAUUAAAUUCAGUCUCUUUUCUACUGUAUAUCCACUGGAGAUCUUUCUUUCUUUGAUGCAAUAUUGCACAACUGUCCUGGUAAAAUCACUUAAAUGAGAACAUGUUAUCUUCAAUCUUAUUUUCCAAGGCCAAAAUUGCAAUACCUUCUGCCUUGGAAAUACAAAUUUAAUAUUGAAAAAUAUACAAUAAUAAUGUACAGUUGCUAUGUCUUUGUUAAGAAAAAGAGAGUAUAAAUAAAUUCUUUAGAACUCA